AUGGAGUGGUACCACCGCGAGAUCGCCAGUGAGACAGUCCCGAUCGGAAAGACCGCAACGCGGAUCGUGGAACAAAUCUCUGAUACUCACGUGUGGCUCCAUCUUUUGCCAUUGAGAUUGGACGCUAGGGAUGGAGAGAUUCACAUAUGGAUUAAUGAUGGGAAAAACAUUAAGGCCAUCAAAUCCAGGGACCUUUCCUUGAGAUGUCAUUUGAUUCAGAGCAAGGUUCAAUAUAAACAUAGAUUCAUUAAUGCAGCAUUACGAGGAGCUGCCACCUUAAGAGCAAGGCUUCAAAAGGGGCAUCCAGCAACAACAUUUGUUCUGGCAGAGGAAAAGGUUGAAGAAUGCAGAGAAUCAAACAUCUCAACAGCAUUGAACUUCGCCUGUAGCGGAGGUGAACUUCUCAAACGUACAAGGAAAGGAGCUCUCCACUGGAAGCAAGUUUCCUUCAACAUCAAUUCCAAAUGGCAGGUAGUAGCUAAGAUGAAAAGUAAGUAUAUGGCGGUAGCAUUCACCAAAAAGAAGAAGUAUGCAAUCUCAGGAGUACAAAGUGAUGUCCCGGCAUGGCCCAGAAGAGAAAUUGAUGACGGUAGUGAACAGAAAGCUUACUUCGGGAUAAUAACAGCUGACAGAAUAAUAGAAUUUGAGUGCAAAAGUAAAGGUGAGAAGCAUAUGUGGAUUGAGGGAAUCCAGUGUAUGUUGAAUUGUGCCAACAUACCAUACUUCAGAUCAUAUUUUGAUCAUGGGGAAACCAGAAUUUCAUGUUUAAAAAUUGGUAAAAGAUAUAAUGUGUAUCUCUAACUUCGCAGACAAUAAGUGAGCAAGCGCUGAACAA